CACACAAACACACAAGCACAAGCGCCAACACAAACACGGACAUCCAAGUACUACUAUCUACCCUCCCUUUUAAAAAUGAAGUUUAUUGCCAUCGCGUCAGCCUUCCUCGCCUCUAUCGUAUUGACCAGUGCCUACCCUAUCCAGAAGGCUAGUGUUAUCAACUGUCGCUCCUCGCCAAGUACAUCUGGCAAGGUGGUGAAGACAUACAAGCUCAACCAGGACAUCAAGAUCUCGUGUCAGGCCACAGGGAUAGACGUCAAGGGCAACACGAUCUGGGACAGGACCAUGGAUGGCUGCUACGUUUCUGACUACUACGUCAAGACAGGAAAGAAUGGUUUUGUCGCUAAGAAAUGCAGCGGCGGGGACAGCAAGCCUAACCCCAAGCCUACAGGCACGUACUGCAAGGGCAUCAAUGCCAGGGCUACUAAGCUGAUCAAGUCUUUCGAGAGCUUCGUGCCGCAGCCCUCACCCGAUCCCUCAGGCUUCCAGACCGUCGGAUACGGCCACAAAUGCCAGCAGGAGGGAUGCAAGGAGGUCAAGUACAAGUUCCCGUUGACCCAGGCCACGGCCAGCGCACUGAUGAGCCAGGAUGUCGCUGUCCACACGGCGUGCCUUGCCAAGUUGCUAAAAUCCAAUGUCAAACUGAACGACAACCAGUGGGGCGCGCUCACUUCGUGGGUGUUCAACAUUGGGUGCGGCAAUCUGGCUUCGUCGGAGUUGACCGGCCGUCUUAACAAGGGAGAAAACCCGAACAAGGUCAUUGACAGCGUGUUCCCCAACUGGCGCUCGUCCAAGGGAAAGAUCCUGCCGGGCCUUAAGAGGCGCCGUGACGAGGAGAUGCGGUUGGCUAAGGUUCCGUCCAAGAAGCAGGCGUUCCCGAGCUGCAAGUAAACCAAAGCCCCAUUUCAAAAAUGCAAUUAGCUUUUCUCCUUCAGCAAACCAAGUAAAUAGGUCAAACACACUCGCUAGACCGAACUUGGCUGUGCGUGCUGCUACUAUACACAACAAAGCGCAGAUCAUGGAUCGCUGUGGAUGAACACGACAUCAGCGUACAUCUUAU